GUGUAGCUCUUGUGUGUUUUACACCGUGUUUAACGGGCAGUGCUUUAUCUUGGCUGGCUAGGAAAGUUAAAACCAGCUGCGUCGUCGAGUUGCGCUGGACAUUUUCCCACAUAGUGAACGUUUAAUAUUUUCAAAACAUUAAGAAAAUUUGAGCAUUUUUAUGAGAUGGACGGCGAUAAUAAUGAAGCCAAAGGUAAAGCGGGUGACCAGGUCAUGCAGAACCCACAGGCUCUGGCAGCUCUUCAAGACAGACUAGACAGCAUCACACACAGUCCUUGUGUCAUGGACAGCUUACCUCCGCCCGUCAGGAGAAGAGUCAAGGCCUUAAAGAAUCUGCAGGUCAAGAGUGCACACGUAGAAGCCAAAUUUUAUGAGGAGGUGCACGAGCUGGAGAGAAAGUAUGCAUCACUGUAUCAGCCACUGUUUGACAAGAGGAAAGCCAUUGUUACGGGUGCAGUGGAGCCCACGGAUGAAGAGUGCGAAUGGCAGAGUGACCACGAGGAUGAAGAACUCGCAGAUGAGCUGCAGAAUAAAGCCUCCAUAGAGGAGAAGAAGGAGGCAGAGACAGAGGGCGCUGCCCCGGAGAACCCCAAAGGAAUUCCGGAAUUCUGGCUCACCAUUUUCCGCAGUGUGGACAUGCUGAGUGACAUGCUACAGGAACAUGAUGAGCCAAUACUUAGACACCUACAAGACAUUAAAGUGAUAUUUUCUGGUCCUGGUGAACCUAUGAGUUUCACAUUAGAAUUUCACUUUGAACCUAAUAACUACUUCAAAAACACAGUCCUCACAAAAGUCUACAAGAUGAAAUCUGAACCAGAUUUUGAAGAACCGUUCUCUUUUGAAGGGCCAGAGAUUAUCAGCUGUGAGGGAUGCGAGAUUGACUGGCACAAAGGCAAAGAUGUUACAUUCAAAACGAUCAAGAAGAAACAGAAGCACAAGGGGAGGGGUAUCAUCAGGACGGUCACCAAGCAAGUGCCCGCUGACUCUUUUUUUAACUUCUUCAACCCCAUUAAAGUUUCCCCAGAUAGUGAGUUGGAUGAGGACUCAGAGUUAACUUUAACUACAGAUUUUGAGAUUGGUCACUUCUUUAGAGAGAGAAUAGUGCCACGAGCUGUACUUUACUUCACCGGGGAGGCCCUGGAGGACGAUGACAGUUUUGAGGAAGAGGAGCUUGAUGAGGGUGAAGAGGAGGACCAUGAUGAUGAUGAUGAUAUGGAGGAAGAAGAGGAGGAAAGGGAUUCUAAGAGUGGGGAGGCCCCACCUGCAGAGUGCAAACAGCAGUAACUCAGACAGCUCUACUGCCCCCCACAGCAAGUGACUGGAACCUGCCCUCCAUAGCCUGAUCUGAGUCUAGAGCACCGCCGUUCUCUCAAAACAGUGGAAAAAUGUCAAGAGAAAAGUUAACACAUUGCAUGAUUGACUCCCUCUCCAAACUGAAUACCCAUUCUUUACCCCUCACCUACCGUGAUUCUGGGAGAGUGAAGAAUGGGGGGAGAUGCAAAACUCUAGGCAGCCUGGUGAUCUCUCUCUCCUCGACACCACACUGCUUUCUUCUCUCCCUUUCUUUUUUAUAUCUGACACAUUCCAGAGGCCCUUGUAAGUCAAUUUCAAAAUUAAUUGAGAAAAUGUAACUUUUUUGACUUUAUCAUAGUUUACUCAGGGUUUUUUAUGCCAAGAAAAUAUGAACAUUCUGUUGUGAAAUGUUCAGUUCUAACCCUUAGUUUUUUUCUUCAGUCAAACCUUUAUAAGUUGAGUUAUACUUAUUCUGAAGUUAUUUAUCUAAAUGUCCUCCCCCUCCCACCCCACCCCGCGCUUCUCUAAUAUUUUUCAACUGUACUUACUGCUCUUAAGCCCCCUAGUGGACUUCUGAGAGAGUGCGAUGUCUCUCUGCUGUAUGUACCAUGCUCUGUGGAGUUGGCCCCAUCCCCAGUAUUUAACAAUGCCGUUGCUUUACUGCCCUGAGCACUUACUACAGAAUUAAACAUGAAUAUUGCCAAAUGGUGUAAAGUUUUGGUUUUUUUUUGUUUUUUUUAAAGUGUUUUUAAAUAUUUAUCAUAUUACCUAUAUGCAAUUAUAUUGAUCAAAAAUAAGAAAAACUAAAAAGUAAUGUUUUGUUCUAGUAGAGGUGAGCUAAUGGAUUAUAAUCAUCAGAGGGCAGUCGAAUACAAGGAUCAAUAAACUGGUUGUAGUACAGUUGUUCAGAGGUA